GCCAUUUUGAAGUACGAGAAUAAUGUGAUGAACAUUCGGCAGUUUAACUGCUCUUCCCAUCCCUACUGGCUGCCCAAUUUCAUGGACGUAUUCACUUGGUCCCUUCCGUUUGUCGGUGAGAAAGGUGAGUACUUCUUUCCCUCGUCUCCACCUCACCCGGAGUUGUGCUUUGAUACACUGAUCCCCGCCCUCUCCCUCUCCUUCUCGUGCCCAGCACAGCAGUUUUCACCAACGGCCAAAAAUCUGCAUCCUCGACUAGCGAGAUGGUUCGUCCUCAAUGGACAUUUGCUGCUCGGCCUGUUGUUGUGCGAAGAUGCAGUAUGA